AUGGUGUGGUUUGGUAACAAUUGCAAACUAUCUAAACUAUGUAGAACCCUACAAAUUUAUCACAACCUUUUUCUUUGUCCACAUCACACUCUGUUCUCACCUUCAAUACUUUCACCUACAUAAACACUUCUCCCAUAGCAAGAUUUUUCAGUGAUGCCAAACACUAAUGUUUCUCUCAGACUAAUUUCAUCAGAGUGAUUCCAUGAUUUGGAAGCCAAAAUGGUCACAAAACCUUCCACUUUCCUUGUAUCACCAUGUUGGAACAUGUGAGUGAGAGUGGUCCAUCAUUGUUUCUAUCAAAGUUCACUUGAUUCACUUAGUGUUUGAAGAAAGGUCACAGAGAGAGACACUAACUUAAACCAGUAGCACUGACAAAAGGGAGUCAAAUUUUUAUUGAUAUGGCAACAGCAGAAGGAAGGAUCUGUUCAUCAUCAGCAAGCAGAGAUUUGGCCUCAGCAAGGUUUGAUGAGGAAGUGAGUGGAGAGAGUGAUGUGUUUCACAGAGGUGGAAGGGAAAUAGAAGAAGAGGAGGAGCUGAAGUGGGAAGCUUUGAAAAGGCUUCCAACAUAUGACAGAAUGAGGAGAGUGCUUUUGAAGCAAGUUUUGGAUAAUGGAGGAGUGAACUAUGAAGAGGUUGACAUCACCAAGCUUGGAUUGCAGGAAAAGAAGCAUCUCCUUGAGAACAUAGUAGGAACUGCUGAAGAGAACAAUGAGAGUUUCCUCCAUAGGAUGAGGGAGAGAAUUGAUAGGGUAAGCAUUGAGAUUCCCAAGAUUGAAGUAAGGUAUGAGCACUUAUCAGUUGAAGGGGAUGCAUAUGUUGGAACAAGAGCACUACCAACACUCUUCAAUUCUACCCUCAAUGCAAUAGAGGUAUUGGUGAAUUAUCUUGUAAGCCUUGUGUUUGGAGUUUUGGGAUUUCUUCACCUUUUGCCUAAGAACACAAAGGGUGUGAAGAUUCUCCAAGAAAAAGUUGUCAAGAUUCUCAAAGAUAUUAGUGGAAUUGUGAAACCAUCAAGAAUGACUCUGCUUUUGGGACCUCCAGGAUCAGGAAAAACUACAUUACUGAAGGCACUUGCAGGAAAAAUGGACAAGGAUUUAAGGGUAUCAGGAAGAGUGACGUACUGUGGUCAUGAAUUAUCAGAGUUUGUUCCUCAAAGAACAUGUGCAUACAUUAGUCAGCAUGAUCUUCACUAUGGAGAGAUGACAGUGAGAGAGACACUGGACUUUUCUGGACGGUGUCUGGGAGUAGGAACAAGGUAUGAUAUGCUGGAAGAGUUGUCGAGAAGGGAAAUAGCAGCCGGCAUUAAACCAGAUCCUGAGAUAGAUGCUUUCAUGAAAGCCACAGCAAUGGAAGGUCAACAAACAACUCUUGUUACUGAUUACGUUCUAAAGAUUCUUGGGUUGGAAAUAUGUGCUGAUAUUUUGGUGGGAGAUGAGAUGAAAAGGGGCAUUUCUGGUGGACAAAAGAAGCGUUUAACUACUGGUGAGAUGUUGGUAGGCCCUGCAAAAGCAUUCUUCAUGGAUGAAAUUUCAACUGGUUUGGAUAGUUCCACAACCUUCCAAAUUGUCAGGUUUAUGAGGCAGAUGGUCCAUAUCAUGGAUGUUACCAUGAUAAUCGCUCUUCUGCAACCUGCACCAGAAACAUAUGAACUUUUUGAUGACAUAAUAUUGCUUUCAGAAGGUGAGAUUGUGUAUCAAGGUCCCCGUGAGAGUGUUCUUCAUUUUUUCGAAACUGUGGGGUUCAAAUGCCCAGAAAGGAAAGGAGUUGCAGAUUUCUUACAAGAGGUAACUUCGAAAAAGGACCAAGAACAGUACUGGUUCAGAAGGGACAUUCCUUACCAAUAUGUCACAGUGCCUGAGUUUGUAGCCCAUUUCAAGAAUCACAGUAUCGGUCAGCAACUACAUGAAAAGAUUAAAGUUCCAUAUGAUCCUAAUGAAAGCCAUCGCGCUGCAUUGGUGAAGGAAAAGUAUGGCAUCUCCAAAUGGGAACUCUUCAAGGCAUGCUUUUCAAGAGAGUGGCUUUUGAUAAAACGCAACUAUUUCGUAUACAUAUUCAAGACUUUUCAGAUUACUAUGAUGGCUCUGAUUGCCAUGUCAGUGUUUUUCAGAACAGAUAUGAAGCAUGGUCAACUUGAGGGUGCAGGAAAAUACUACGGUGCACUAUUUUUCAGCCUCAUUAAUAUAAUGUUCAAUGGAGUGGCUGAACUUUCAAUGACAGUCAUUAAACUUCCGGUUUUCUACAAGCAGAGAGAUUUCCUCUUUUUUCCAGCAUGGGCUUUUGCAUUGCCCAUUUGGGUCCUCAGAAUUCCUCUCUCACUGUUGGAAUCAGGACUAUGGAUCAUCCUCACUUAUUAUACUAUUGGCUUUGCUCCUGCAGCUAGUAGGUUUUUUCGUCAGUUAUUGGCAUUCUUCUGGGUGAAUCAAAUGGCUCUGUCCCUAUUCCGCUUUAUUGCUGCAGUUGGAAGGACAAAAGUUGUGGCACACACACUUGGUUCCUUCACAAUUUUAGUUGUUUUUAUCCUAAGUGGAUUUACUGUUUCAAGACAUGAUAUUGGACCAUGGAUGAUAUGGUGCUACUACAGUUCACCUAUGAUGUAUGGUCAGAAUGCAAUAACCAUUAACGAGUUCCUAGACAAAAGAUGGAGUGCUAAAAAUAAUGACCCAAGAAUCCCUGAGCCCACAGUUGGGAAGGCUUUUCUUAAUGCUAGAGGCAUUUUUACAGAAGAUUAUUGGUACUGGAUAUCUGUGGGUGCCCUUAUAGGAUUUUCUUUGCUUUUCAACAUUUGUUUCAUUCUGGCUCUAACCUAUUUGAAUCCAUUUGGAAACUCAAAAUCUAUUAUAGUGGAAGAUGAAGACCAAAAGAAAACCACAUUUGCUUCAUCCUCAGUAGAAAAAAUGGCAACUGGAACUACAGAGCACAGUUCAGCUUCGGUUGGUAAUUCGUUUGAAGGUAUUGAUAUGGAAGUAAGAAAAAGGGCUCAUAGCUCAAUUUCUAAAGCUCCAGAGAAUACAAAAUCCAAGAAGGGAAUGGUGCUGCCCUUCAGGCCUCUGUCACUUGCAUUUCAACAUGUGAAUUAUUACAUCGAUAUGCCACUUGAAAUGAAGAAACAAGGAAUUGAAGAGAAUAAACUCCAACUACUAAGAGACAUAAGUGGUGCUUUCAGGCCUGGGGUUUUAACAGCAUUAGUUGGUGUAAGUGGUGCUGGGAAAACCACCUUGAUGGAUGUUCUUUCAGGAAGAAAAACAGGUGGUUUUAUUGAGGGAAGCAUCAGCAUAUCUGGUUAUCCAAAAAACCAGGCAACUUUUGCUCGGAUCAGUGGUUACUGUGAACAAAAUGAUAUACAUUCCCCAAAUGUUACAGUCUACGAAUCUCUUGUGUUUUCUGCUUGGCUGCGUCUCAGUAAGGAGGUUAAUAAGGAAACACGAAAGAUGUUCAUUGAAGAAAUUUUAGAGCUGGUUGAACUCCACUCAGUGAGGCAUUUUAUAGUAGGCCUUCCAGGAAUAAAUGGCUUAUCAACAGAGCAGAGAAAGAGGCUCACCAUUGCUGUAGAAUUGGUUGCAAAUCCUUCCAUUAUUUUCAUGGAUGAACCAACAACUGGUCUAGAUGCUAGAGCUGCAGCAGUUGUUAUGCGAACUGUUAGAAAUACAGUGGAUACAGGUCGAACUGUUGUCUGCACAAUUCAUCAACCAAGCAUCGAUAUAUUUGAAAAUUUUGAUGAGCUGCUUUUGAUGAAGAUAGGUGGACAAGUGAUAUAUGGGGGCCCUCUUGGUCGGAAUUCUCAGAAUCUUAUUGAGUACUUUGAGGGUAUCACAGGAGUUCCUAAGAUUAAAGAUGGAUAUAAUCCAGCCACAUGGAUGCUGGAGAUCACUGCUCCUAUAUUUGAGUCUCAGCUUAAUGUGGACUUUGCAGAAUUAUAUGCUAAGUCAGACCUUUAUCAAAAGAACCAGGAACUUGUUAAGGAACUAUGCACACCAGUACCUGGAACAAAGGACCUUUACUUUCCGACUAAAUACUCUCAAUCAUUUGUUACUCAAUGUAAAGCUUGCUUCUGGAAGCAGAAUUGCUCCUAUUGGAGGAAUCCAGAGUAUAAUGCCAUCAGAUUCUUCGUCACAAUAGUUAUUGGUAUCAUUUUUGGACUUAUUUAUUGGGACAAAGGAAAAAAGACGCAAAAGGAGCAGGACCUGUUGAAUCUGCUUGGAGCUAUGUAUGCAUCAGUUUUUUUCCUUGGAGCCUCCAACACUAACAGUGUUCAACCUGUUGUUGCAAUAGAAAGAACAGUUCUAUACCGUGAAAGAGCUGCAGGAAUGUAUUCGGAAUUGCCUUAUGCAAUUGGUCAGGUAGCAAUUGAAGUAAUUUACGUUGCAACUCAAAGUCUAGCCUAUUCCAUUAUUCUGUACUGGAUGAUUGGGUUUGAAGCACGUUUUGAAAAUUUUUUGUGGUUCUACUACUUCAUAUUCAUGAGCUUUAUGUACUUCACACUGUAUGGAAUGAUGACUGUAGCUCUGACGCCAAACUAUCAAAUUGCUGCAAUUGUUAUGUCCUUCUUCAUCAAUUUCUGGAACCUGUUCUCUGGUUUUCUUAUCCCAAGAACGCAAAUUCCAAUAUGGUGGAGGUGGUAUUAUUGGGGGUCUCCUGUGGCUUGGACUAUAUAUGGAUUGGUGACAUCCCAAGUUGGUGACAAAAAUAGUCCCAUAGAGGUUCCUGGCUUUAGAGUCAUGACAGUAAAAGAGUACCUUGACAGGAAGUUGGGUUUUCAGCAUGACUUUCUUGGAGUUGUUGCAUUAACUCAUGUUGCUUUUUGCCUCCUCUUCGUUUUAGUAUUUGCUUAUGGCAUCAAGUUCCUUAAUUUCCAGAAAAGAUAGUCAAUCACACACAAAUGAGUAUGAAACUGUUGAACAGAAAGAUACUGGUAAAGUUAUAUGUAGGACAAAGAUGCAUAGUUUUCAUCAUUGUUUAAGUUGCAAUUUGAUUGCUAUCACUUCUCAA